AUGGACGCCCCCGUCUUCUCAGUCCCCCAAGGCAAUGGUCCCGCCAAGCAUUUCAAAAGCCGCGACUUCGAGUCAAUGACGGACGAAGAGAAGAAAGAUGAGUUUGCAAGGCUCUUCUAUUUCUUCUCCAAGAUCACGAUAGCACAAGACGAAGCGCAAGACGUAGAGCACAAGACGAAUUCUACUUCCGAUAAAAAGGUUGGUGAGGAGGUAGUCCCGAGGGACCUCGCACCUCUGCUGAAGAAACUGGCCGCCGCCCAUGGAAAAGGUACCACGUCUCAUGAUGAGGAGAAGGUUGAUACCGACUCUGACGGCGACGAGCGCGAGAGAAAGAAGAGUUCACGUCAUAGCAAGCGCUAUCCCUUCACCUUCAAGAUGCUUCUGCACAAGUUGUACACCCUUGAUGAUUGGGCGGUGAAAAUCAACGAGGUUAUCACAGAGAGUAAAGCACAGUACCUCUCCAUGAGCGACCCGGAGUACGGGAGCGUGCCCUCGUCGCCAGCCACCCCUGAUUCGGCCUUCCUCUUACCCAAUGGUUCCCCUACAAAGAAGAGAUUCCGGGACAUGUCCAACGUUUAUUCCGGUGCUCCAGCGACUUCGCCACCUACUCCUCGCGGGUUCAAAAGACGCAUCAUCAACCGGCGGUGUUCAAUAGGCGAGAACGAAGAAGAGGACAACGCGGCCCGCGCGAGAGGGUGGAUUUAUGAGUUAGCAGUCGAUAUCGAGAAUAUGGGCGAGGGAGAGUGGAGCGAUGAAGGGGAGCCGAGACGCAAGAAGGUGAUCCCCUUUGUGCUGCCGAGAACGAUACAGUCCAGGAAAGUCCAUACUCAGCAGAGGGACCAGGAGGGUUCGGUGAUCCCGCCAGAUGACAAGAAGGUAGAUGUGGAAAACGAGAAAGUCGAUGAGAGGAAGCAAGAGGGGAUAAAGGAGAUCCAGACCCAGCUGAAGCAGACGCCAGAGGAGCGGAGGGGUAGGCAACGCGAGAGGAAUUUUGUAGAUCGAAAGUUCAAGGUGAGGGAUAGGAUGACCAGCCCGAUGAGGACCAAUAUGACUCGGCGAGCAUUUGUGUAA